AUGGCUGAGGAAGCGAGGAUGCUGGCUUCCCCUGCUACUAACCUUAGAGUCUCUGAGACUACCGAUACCCGUUUGUUACCCCCUUCUUGAUAUAUUUUUAAACUGGAAUACGGUCCCCUGUUGCUCUUGAAAGUGGGAGGUUGAUUUUUUGCAGUAUUUAUCGAUGAGGAUAUCGGUGUUGACGCCCCCGGGACUCCUGGAACCGAGGAGCUACCUUUCAAGACUCUUAUCGGUGCUAUGACUCAUACAUACAAAUCUCAGCCCGACGCAAAAUUCAAAAUUCGCAAGAAACCGGCUGGGCCUGAGGGCGAGACUCCACAUGCAUAUGCCCCGGUUGCUAAGGCAGCUCUAAAGAAAGCUACAAAUCUUCACCAGGCUAACCUCAGAAAGGAAGCCAAGAAGGCAGAAAUUGGCAUCAAGGAACAGGAAGCGAAAGCUGCAAAGGAUGCUCAAUUGGAACAAGCGAAAAAGGUUGUUAUUGUUGAGGAUCUCUCAAAGCCUAAGGCUGUUUCCAUCAAACUUAGGGAUACCGUUAAGCAUCGUGAGGCGAGGGUUGUUGUUCGUGGUUGGGUUCAUCGUCUGAGGGUUCAGAAGAACCUGGUCUUCAUUACGCUUCGUGACGGCACCGGAUACUUGCAGUGUCUGCUGUCUGGGGAUCUUACCAAGACUUAUGACGCUCUUACCCUCACAGUCGAGACUACCAUUGCUAUAUACGGGGUAAUUUCACCGGUUCCGGAGGAAAAUCACGCUCCAGAUGGUCACGAGCUGCACGCAGACUACUUCCAAAUUAUUGGCAAAGCUCCCGGGGGGGAUGAUACCAUCUCUAACAUUGUAGCCCCAAAUGCUGAUCCUCAAACGAAAUACGAUAACCGACAUCUGGUCAUUCGUGGAGAUGUAGCAAGCUCUGUGUUGAGGGUCAGAGCAUCUGUUCUACGAGCAUUUAGAAAGAGUUAUGAGGAUCUGGGAUUACUAGAGGUUACACCUCCCUGUAUGGUACAAACCCAAGUUGAAGGUGGUAGCACACUUUUCGAGUUCAACUAUUACGGCGAGAAGGUAAAAUUCAAACCCCGCACGAUCGUGCUCCUAGGCUAAUCGAGCCGCGCCCUAGGCUUAUCUGACUCAGUCUUCCCAAUUAUAUCUCGAAACUUGUCUUCCCUCUCUCGGCGAUGUUUUUUGUGUCCAAGAGUCUUUCCGUGCAGAGCGUUCCCUCACCCGUAGGCAUCUCAGCGAAUACACUCAUAUCGAAGCGGAACUAGCUUUUAUAACUUUUGACGAUCUCCUCAACCAUCUCGAAGAAGUCAUUUGCCGCACAAUCGACUACACCCUUGCCGAUCCUCUCAUUAAGGGAAAGGUAGCGGAGCUCAACCCGAAAUUCAAAGCCCCCGGGCGGCCAUUCAUUCGUAUGACAUAUGCCGAUGCGAUUAACUGGCUGGUUGAGAAAAAUAUACCCAAUGAGGAAGGGGAACCUCACAACUUUGGUGAUGAUAUCGCAGAGGCUGCCGAACGCAAAAUGACGGACGUAAUCGGAAAGCCUAUUUUCUUGACCAAGUUUCCCGUGAAGAUCAAGGCCUUCUACAUGAAGAGAGAUCCUACGGACCUCAGGGUCACCGAGAGUGUUGAUUGUCUUAUGCCUGGUGUCGGUGAAAUUGUCGGUGGUAGUAUGAGAAUGGAGAAUCUCGAGGAGCUCAUGGGCGCUUAUGCGAGGGAAGGAAUUUCUCCAGACCCCUACUAUUGGUUCACCGACCAAAGGAAGUUAGUUACCCCAUAUCACCGCCACCCCAUACAUAAGAUUAACGAGUGUUUACAGGUAUGGCACUUCACCGCAUGGUGGUUAUGGUAUCGGCCUUGAGCGCCUACUUGCCUGGAUAUGCGACCGUUACACUGUCAAAGAGUGCUCUCUUUACCCUCGCUGGACCGGGCGCUGCACCCCUUGAGACCUCCUUUGAGCAGUGGAUUCCCUUGGGCAGUGAUGCCGCUCUUUUGGCCCCAGCCCCCCUGCCCGGUGGUUGGAGUUGUUUUACUUUUCUCUCUUUUGCUCUCUUUAAUACCGGGCUGGAACUAUUGCGGGAUGCGAGAAUCACCCUGUUGAGCGGUUCUAAGCUCUGGUGAUACAAUGUAAAUCCAUAAUGAUACCUUGCAUGAAUUAGCGAAAAUGUAUCUAGAUUCACUGAAUCUCACUCGGAUCACUG